AUGUACUUCUACGAUGAUAAAAUUUAUUAUUUUGCAGAAACAGAGCGACAAUAUUCAACGAAUAGCUCAGAAACCACAGAUUGGAAAGAAUCUAAUUCUAGUACAGAAACACUAAUUUCCUCUCCUGCUACAUCUACAGUUACUUCCACUAUUACUAGCACCAUAAAAACAAAGCCGUCUACUAUUCCGAUACCAGAAACUUCAUCUCCAAUCACAUCUACAGUUCCGACACCAGAAAUUUCAUCUCCAAUCAUAUCUACUGUUCCAACACCAGGAACUUCUACUCCAAUUACAUCUGCAAUUGCGCAAAUAUCAACGAGGAAGGAAACAAGCCCUGUACCAAAAUCCUCCCCAUAUGUGUCCCCGUCAUCAUCUCGGGAUAUUUUUAUUAUCACUAGUGAUGUCCCAAAUUUAACGGCUCAUACAACCAUUACGUAUAAACCUACUAACGUCAUUGAUGACUCUAACUAUUUUUCAUCUUCAUUCAAACCAUUUGAUAUUUCUGUGCAUGGUUCAUCAGUAGCAACAGACUUUGAAUCGUCUACUUCAUCUAUGUUCAUUUCUUCUGAAUCUGCACCCAGUUCUCAAGCAACAUCGAAGACAAGUUUCUCCUUAACUACUCUAAAGUACAAACUAUGUAAGAAAAACUUGUGCAAAAACUUUGGAGUCUGUCUGGAGGAGGAAGGGAAGGAAAGAUGCAUUUGUAACUAUCCAUUUGGUGGACCAGACUGCGGAGGUAGUUAUUGGUGCUCCAAAGGAUUUGGGAAAACCGAGUGCCCAGCAGAAAAAUGCAGAUUUGACUUCAGAACAAAAAUCGGAUAUUGUGACUGCUCCAAAGACCAAUAUUACAAUUAUGAAAAGAAGCAAUGCGAAAAUAUUGAUAACUGCCCAUUUAUGGACAUCAAAUGCACAAAGCCUUUUGAAGAAUGCAAAAUGGGGGCUUGUGUAUGCAUUGAGAAUUUCAAGAGGGAUGACAAACAAGAUUGUAUUC